UCUUUGUGAAUACAACAAUCAACAGAUUUCGAACAAAUAUGAAAUUCGCAAUUGUCUUCGCCGCCCUCUUCGCUGUUGCCUUGGCCGCUCCAGCCACUCAGGAUUAUGCCAAUGCUGAAGUUAUUCGUUUGGAAUCCGAUGUCAGGCCCGAAGGUUAUAACUUUGCUUUGGAAACCAGCGAUGGCAAAACUCACCAAGAAGAAGGUUCCUUGAAGAAUGUCGGCUCCGAAGAUGAAGCUAUCGUGGUCCGCGGUUCUUACUCCUUCGUUGCUGACGAUGGCCAAACCUACACAGUCAACUAUGUUGCCGAUGAGAAUGGUUUCCAACCCGAAGGUGCUCAUUUGCCCAACAUUGCCCACUAAAAGAGAGCGCGCAUCCGUUGGCUGAAAUGAACCCUGCAUACACAAUCUUUACUCUCAUACCAAGUAGACAAGAGCUGUUUAAAUCCAAAAAAAAAAACAUUGUUGUAAAACAAUUAAAAAUGUUAUAGUAUUAGUUGCAAAUAAAGGCAUAAAGUGUUGAAAACCUUAAAAAAAAAUCCAA